UGGAUGAUCCGCUCUAGAAAGUACUGGAACUCUCACUCUCUGCCCGCUGUUUGCCCUGUUUGCGGACUAUUGCGCGCCUGGGGCAUACAACUCACGACCGUCACCGGAAGGCGGUAACAAAAGUCCCACAAAUCGAUGACUCAGCAGGGACCCGUACGCUGGCUUCGAGAUUGUCUUCUCUAUCUCGGGUCCUUUUCCGUUGGCUCCUAGGCAAUCAUGCUGUUUAGAAUCACCACGGAGGACCAUCGAACCCGCAGUGUAAUUUAAUACCGUUCAAAAGUGCACGCCGAUGCUGACAACCCAGCUUCAUCCCCCGCUUUCUCACCACGUUGCCGAGGAACCCUGUCCGCUUCCCAAUUCAUCUUGCAUUGAUAACCCCACCUAUUUCAACAGUCUUAGUUCCUAGAUAUCAGCUUGGGCCCUUUCCUGAUAAACGGUCGACCUUCCUAAAUCAAUUUAUAUACUGUUGCCAAUUUCAACAUCCACAGUCAUCUUUAUAAUAUAUCCUACAAUCAACAGAUCGCACUGUGAACCUGAUUCAUCAUGGAGACCCUCAAAGCGGUGUUUUUCGGGCCUGAUCCUCAGGCACAGAUGAGGAAAUGCAACGCCCUCAUCCGCGCCAACACUCGCCAAUUGGAUCGCGACAUCGCACAGCUACGGACCCUCGAGAACAAAACACGGCAGUACAUUGUGAAUGCCUCUCGCCGAGCCCAGCGAAACCCAUCACAGUCGAAGCAGGCCACGCAGGAGGCCAAGACCUUUGCUCGGGAAUUAGUUCGGAUUCGGAAACAAUCCACCCGUCUACACACCAGCCGAGCUCAACUCCAAAGCGUCCAGAUGCAGGUCAACGAAGCAUUCUCCGUUCGGAAGAUCCAAGGAAGUCUGAAAAAGUCGACUGGGAUCAUGAAGGAUGUCAACACAUUGGUUCGACUGCCCGAGUUGAACGCUACGAUGCGUCAACUGUCGACCGAGCUGGUGCGGGCUGGGAUCAUUGAAGAGAUGGUAGACGAUGCGAUACCAAACAAUGAGCUUCUGGAGGAGGAAGAGGACGAAGCUGAAGAAGAAGUUGACAAGGUUUUGCAGGAGAUCUUGCAGGGCAAGCUGGCGCAAGCCGACGCGGUCAAACCCGAGGAGCCACUAGAGGAGACUCCCGCGGCCGAGGAGCAGUUCGAGGAGCAAGAAGCCGCGCUCGCACAGAUGCGAGGUCGAUUGGAAGCCCUGAAGAGCUGAGGGACCUUACAGCGUUUGUUGAAAUCUACGCAUGCCCUGUAAUAUGACGUUACGAGCGAACUCGACAUGCCAUCAAAGCGUUAGCUUUUAUUGAUGUUCAAUUGGGAGUUAGGCCGGGUGGAGCACAUGGGAUUUUUUCGAUUCACUUUCAUUUUGUUUAUCUAUUUUAGAGGCAGGUCCUGAGACCAGAGUACAAGUGGCCAUUUCAGCGUUGGGCUUUUUCCAUGUUCUCUCUACUAUAUCCGAUAAAUGGUAAAUAUCAGUAUUCUCGGAGUGGGUCCAGGGCCUUUUAAUUCGUUGGGCAGCAAUAGAUCCCGAUAAAGGAGAAUGAUAGAUGUUUGAAAAAUCGAUCGCUUGAAUGGGCUGUCUAACACAUUAGAAACAACUAGAGUGCAAUACAG